CAUAGAAAACAAUGCAAAGGGAGGGGGAUUCGACACAGAUCGACGGAUUAGGCGGCAGUCAAACUGGCAAAUGGCAAAACAUGGUUUUAAAAGCAGAGUUUUCUCAUCUUUUUAAAUUUCCUUUUAGCAAAGUUGUCGAGGCAUAUUUCAAAAAGUAUGAGGGUGGGAGAGACCCAAAUGUGCAAGGAAUCACAGUUGAUGAACAUUGGCAAGAUAAAGAUAAUGGAAUAGAAUAUUGGAGAAGAUCUGGUAAAUGUAACAAUGUUUGCCCAUGGUUUCUAAGAAAGUUUUUGGCUGAUCCAUCAGUAUUUUUUGUUGAAGAAGUAAUACUGGACAAUGUAAAAGAGAGAUUGGUUUUACAUACACAAAAUAUCACAUACAGUAAUUAUAUUAUACUCGAGGAGAAAAGUGAAUUUAGAAGAUCAGAAUGUAACACUAACUGGACACAGUUUGUACAGCAAGGAACUAUUGAUGCAAAAGGGCUUGGCAGUGUUAGCUCAUUUGUUGAAAGAUUUGCCAAAUCAUUUCUGGUACAGGGAGGUUCAAAGGGUAUUAUGAUCAUGGAGGACAUUCUCGCCUCUAAUGUUUGUUGAUAUCACCCUAUGACUGCCUUUCUUCUUGCAUACAUGAAUGCACAUACAUAUGUACUUUAUGCAGCCUUUUUAUACAAGUUUUAAAGGCAUUUUAUACCAAUCUUUCAGAGUGUAAGCAUCAUGGAGGAGCUCUUAACAUCUCAUUUUGCAUGCUAGGCUUCCAUAAUGGGCCAGCAGCAAAAAUGAGAAUUCAAGUCUAAUGGGUUUUCUGUGAUUGGCCAAGUAGAGUAUAAAUAUUAUAUUAAGUAAUACAUUGAUGCUUUUAAUGUAGUAUUUAUAACAAUCUAGUAAAUGAUUAGUUGCAUUCAUAUGCAUGUAUAUCAAGCAAUAACAUUUAAGUACAAUGUAAUUGCUUUGAUAUAAAUGUCAAAUCUUCUUAUUAUUUAUUUAACUGAUUUUAUCAGUUAUGGUUUGACAUUAUUUUGAUAAGAUUCUCAUUUCUAAAAACCUUAUUAACACACAACUAUUGAAAAUAAAUUAAAGUGCCUUUUUAAAUAUCACCCCUAUAAUAAAAUAUAACAACUUGGCUCGUUAGAUUCCUCAGUUCAAAACUUAUUUUGAUUUGGUCAUUUAAUAGAUUUCUGACCUUUGAAGCUCCCCGUUCAUGUAAUAAUAGGUUUUUCAAUGCCACCAUUUUCCAGACAAUUGUGAUUGGUUCCAGGACAAUUUCAAGUUCAGUAAUCAAUCUUAAGUAUUAUUGGUAUGUCUGUAAUUUUAGCGAUAGGUCGUUAAUAUUAUUAAUAAAUAUGUAUUUGUCAUUCAAUGUAUUUCGAAUAAUGUAGGUAAACGCUUUUCAUAUUCUUGCAAACCUUGUAGUUUAAUAUUAGCUUAAAUGAUCAGUUUGUUUGCUGGAAAGUUGUAGCAAAUGCUAGCAUUUCAUAUGUUUUCAUAAGUUUCCAAGAAAGUUAUCCAAAAUAAAAUACAAAAUUUCAAGAAAAGAAAUUUGCGAAGAAAUUUGAUUUAGAGUCAUCCAUUAAUUCUUUCCAGUAAUCAACGCUGUUGGGAUGUUCUUCGCACCUCCCCAUCUCUUCCUCUCCCCUCCUCUCCGUCUGUCCUUCUCUCCUUUUCCCGUUCUAUUCCUCUUGGCUUCUUUUUCACUAUCUUUUCUCCCCCCCCCCCCUUCCCUCUGUCCACUCCCUCCUCUUUUGUUUUCUUUCAUUUUCGUCUUUUAGCGAAACGUCUUUAAUGUUAACAUUGUUAGUUAAAAUCUCAUUUUCGCUGUUUUCUUCACUGUUACUGCGAUUCCUGAGGAUCGCCAACUUUAUUUAAAUUUUUCUUCAUGUUGUUAACUUUUAAAAUCUAUUUUAUAUACCUUAAUUUUUCGCAGA